UCGGUGAGUUGCUGACAAUGCAGCGGAAAGAUUCAGUAAAUAUUCCCAUAUGAGGUUCAUAGAAACAAACAGAUCAAGGAUGUUCACAUAACUUGGAUCUAGACUUGAGUUCAGUGGUGAACGUGGGCGAAGAGACCGCAGGAACAAACGGGAAAUUCAACUGUCAGCUGGCCGGGAAAGCCGAUAACACCACCCGGCUUCCGGGGAUUCAGGGGCCGCAUCGGUUGACGGCAGACGUCGGUCGGUAACUCGGGGGAAAAAGGGCGAACCACAUCAUCGCCGACAUCCACCUCUCGAUUUCAGCCACUUUCGAGAUGUCAAGAAAACUACAAAGGACAGAAGUCUGCGCCGACUGCAGUGCGCCAGACCCGGGCUGGACCAGUAUCAACCGAGGGGUCCUGAUCUGUGAUGAAUGCUGUUCAGUCCACCGCAGCUUAGGUCGCCAUAUCUCCAUAGUCAAGCACCUGAGGCACAGCGGAUGGCCUCCCGCACUACUGCAGAUGGUUCAGACCUUGGCCAGCAACGGGGCCAACUCCAUAUGGGAGCACAGUCUCCUGGACCCUGCUCAGGUGCAGAGCGGUCGUAGGAAACCCAACCCCCAGGACAAAGUCCAUCCCACUAAAUCAGAGUUCAUCAGAGCCAAAUACCAAAUGCUGGCCUUUGUGCACAAGCUGCCCUGCCGUGAUGAUGAUGGCGUCACUACCAAGGACCUCAGUAAGCAACUCCACUCGAGUGUACGGACGGGGAGUUUAGAGACGUGUCUUCGGCUCCUGUCCCUCGGCGCUCAGGCCAACUUCUUCCACCCGGAGAAAGGCACUACCCCGCUCCACGUGGCAGCAAAAGCAGGCCAGAUCCUGCAGGCUGAGCUGCUAGUGGUGUACGGUGCAGACCCCGGAGCACCUGACAUCAACGGACGCACACCCAUGGACUACGCAAGGCAGGCGGGCCAUGUAGAGCUGGCAGAGCGGCUGGUCGAGUGUCAGUAUGAACUGACGGACAGACUAGCCUUCUACCUUUGCGGGCGGCGUCCAGACCACAAGAAUGGCCAUUAUAUCAUUCCUCAGAUGGCAGACAGAGCUCGUCCUAAGUGCCCGACACAGAGUCUGGACCUGUCAGAAUUGGCCAAGGCUGCCAAGAAGAAACUCCAAGCGCUCAACAAUCGGCUGUUUGAGGAGCUAGCGAUGGACGUCUACGACGAGGUAGAUCGCAGAGAAAAUGAUGCAGUGUGGCUUACGACCCAGAACCACAGCACACUGGUAACAGAACGCAGCGCGGUGCCCUUCCUGCCAGUCAACCCUGAAUACUCUGCCACACGCAACCAGGGCCGUCAGAAGCUGGCACGUUUCAAUGCUCGGGAGUUUGCCACGCUCAUCAUCGACAUCUUGAGUGACGCCAAAAGGAGACAGCAGGGGAAAGGUCUCAGCAGCCCUACUGACCCACUGGAUCUGGGCAUCGAUGAUGACCAGCAUGACUACGACAGUGUAGCCUCUGAUGAAGACACCGACAGCGAGCUGACCACCCAGAACAACAACAACACACAACGCAGCAACCGUGCAAAGAGUAUGGACUCGUCAGACUUGUCAGACGGUCCCAUCACCCUGCAGGAGUACCUGGAGGUAAAGAAGGCCCUGGCCUCCUCAGAAGCCAAGGUGCAGCAGCUGAUGAAGGUCAACAACAACCUGAGCGAGGAGCUCCGGCGGCUCCAGAAGGAGAUCACGCGGAUGCAGACAGAGAACAGUGCGAUGCGGGGGGGCCAGCAGGCUGGGGGGGCAGCUGGCCAUGGGGUAGGAGGGCCUGGUGGAGGAGGAGGGGGAGGAGGUCACUGGCAAGGGGGUGGAAUUAGAGGAGGAAUAGGUGGAGGGGGUCUGGGUGGGUUUGGGCCGGGAGCGGACUCCCCGGGGCUCUCUGUGCCCUCCUCAGUCGCCCCCCAUUCCCAUCUCCACCGGAGGGACCGCCAGGCUUUCUCGAUGUACGAGCCGGGGGCGGCCUCCGGCCCCACGGCCCAUGGUCCCCCAGCCCUGGACUCCCUGGCAGCCCGCCUGCAGCCCCUCAACACACCCAGCGUGAGGAAGGGUGGCACAGGGGGUCCAACGCCAUAUGGAAGCCAGCAUCUGUCUGGAUCAACAGAGAUGGGCAGAUACAUGGUCCCUAAACCAGACAAGCACGGCAGUGGCACUGACAGUGACUAUGACAACACACAAACAUAUGACCUCUCGCUAAGUAUGGGCCGCAGCAGUGAGGAGGAAGGUCGUGUGGAGUCUGAGGAGGGAGGUGGCGGGGAGGCGGGCGAGCCGGACCCCACCCUGCCCUGCACAGAGGAUGUCAUACUGAAAACUGAGCAGGUGACCAAGAACAUCCAGGAGCUGCUGAGGGCCGCACAGGAGUUCAAACACGACAGCUUUGUUCCGUGUUCUGAGAAGAUCCACUCCGCUGUCACUGAGAUGGCCUCACUCUUCCCCAAACGCCCAGCGUUGGAUGCAGUCCACUGCUCCCUACGCCUGCUGGCUUCCAGUGCCUCGCGGUUGCAGGUGGAGUGCCGUAAGGCCGCACCCUCGGAGCCUGGGGCCCCCGCAGUGGACUACCAGCUCCUCACUCAGCAGGUCAUCCAAUGCGCCUACGACAUUGCCAAGGCUGCUAAGCAGCUGGUCACCAUCACCACUCGUGAGAAGAAACAGUGACCCAACAAAUACGGAUGGAUGGAUGCAUAGAAAAGAGGGAGAGAGAACGGAUCAAUGCAUGGGUGGGUUAAGAGGGAUGGGAGGGGCUUCUAGGAGAGGAAGAAAGAGGGAAAAUAUGAUCACUCUACGUAUGGGAGGACGAGGAAGGGCGAGUGAUCGGGAGAAUGAUGGGCGCGAUGAGGAAAAUUUGGAAUAUGCAUGGAAAUGGAAUCGGACUGAAGUGAAGAGAAUCGAUUGUUCAGUAGAAACACUACAGAGGACCGAAAGAAGGAGAAAUUCCACAAGUGUGGAAGUGAAAGUAGGGAAGGACGAGUGGGAGGAUCCAACGUGGAAACUACAGCCUGCUGCAACUUAAACAAACUGUUGGAAUCAGAUGUGUAUAAUAAGCCGCUUAAACUGUGAUAAGCAUAUGUGAAAUACAGUGAUGGUGAUGUACAGUGAACUGGAUCCUGAAAUGUUGGCGCUUUAUUUAUUCUCACCCGUCAUUCGUCACCCCUCCCUCUCCCCGUUUACCUGAACAGGGGAGGGAGGAAGUGACGUACUCCGCGACAUCUCCGUCCUGCGAGGAGUCAGGACGUUUUCCCCUCUCCUUUCCUCUCUGGUCCGCUCCUCGCUCUCCAACCGGACACGAGGCGCCCCCUCCGUCUGCUAGGCCGUCCCCACACAGGGAUGAGCUCGCGGUGCAGAGAAGGACCCGUCUAGCUCCGCCCCACUCCACACCCCACCCAGGCUCUCAGAUGCUUCCUCCUGGGUUAGCUUUUGCAGGGGGCUCCAGCUUUCCUCUGACCCGUCACCCCCUGUUGUUGGCGGUACACAGCAUGAUGUGGCAUGUUUUCAGUUCUUUCCUCUCUCUUCUUUUUCUUUUCUUUUGUUUUCUUUUGAAUAUGCAGAUUGGUCUGGUCUGCACCUCUGAGGACAAAAAUGACUGACUUACACAAAGCAAACACUUACACUGGAAUAAUUGUGAUUUAUUGUUGUUGUUUAUCAUGCCUAUUGUUUUUUUUGUAUUGAUAUUUUUACUGACUGUCAUCUUGAUUUAACUGUUUUUAUGUAUGUUUAUUUUAUUGUCUCAAAUAUGAUUCUCAUUUAGUGGAUUGGGAGACAGGUGGUGAGUAUGUGCUCAACCUCUUACUGGGAUUUAAGCAAACAUGCACACGUACACGUAUAAAAGAAAUAACCUGUGAAACGGUCCUCAACAUUUCUCAAGCGCUCCCUUUCUGGGUGACACUUGAGUUUUUUGUUUGUUUGUUUGUGUGUAAUAUGUCCUGUGGCCGAGGGGUCGAACAGUUGCCAAAGGGGAGCGGGUGUAGGGGGAGAUCUGUGUUUGGUUUUGAUUUUCUGUUAGACCGAAAGCCCCUUGGCGCAUUAUGACAGGACCUGGAUCAAAAUGUUCUUUUCCUGUCCUCAGCUGUCUUUUUUGGGCUUGAUUUAUCUUACAAAUUGCCUCAUUUAACAGAGCCAGUGGAAUCAUCUCAGAAUCAAUCCCAUAGUUAUUUUUACUGUGCCAAGCAGGUUAAUAAAAUCAUUUGGUCCAGUUUGUGAGUGAGGAUUAACCCCCCCAGCUUUGCUUAAGUCAGUAUGCUAUUAAGAGAACAGGCAUUCUCCCUCGGUGCUUGUAGCACACAACAGCCAUUCUUUGCAUGCAUGUUAACAACAUGGUUCAGCCACAUUGCAUUGAUACACUCACUGGGAUGUUGCAGUUAAGCUUUAAGUAGUCCUGUGGAAAGCACCAGAUCUAGCAGCCUGGAAAGGUAAUACUCAUCAUCAUUUCAUCUGAGAGGAUACGCUCAUAUGAAAUGGAUUUAGCCACUUCACAUGUGCUUGAUGUAGUUCCCAUGUGUUGUCUUUUUUGGACUGUCCGGCACACAUCAAGCCCUCGUUCUAUUUUCUGAUUGAUCCUCUGUCACGGCCUGCUGAUCUGGGCCACUGAAGGUGUCACUUCUAGCUCACUGUCUCUGAACUCUGCUAACGGGGAGACAGCAUUGGGAACAAAUGUUUUUGUUUUUGCUUUUUUUUUUUUUUUCAAAAAAAUAGCGCACUUAGCCUACUGUGGGCUUGGCUUAAAGCUUGUUAUACUGUGCUGAACAAAUUUGGUCAUGUCUGUAACAGAAGGAUGCAGAUAGGAUCUAAAAAGUCUUUCAUAGCUGCCACAAGGACCGUCCUCUUCUAGUGUAGACUCCCCUCUAACCCUUCUCCAGUGACUCUGUGCCCGGUUUCUCAAAGUGUUUGUGGCUUCUAGUCAUGCUCAGAUGGGCGCUGCACAUAACGUUUAUUCACCUGAAACACUGACCUCAUCCUUUGGACAGCAGUUGCAUCUCAAUCUUUUUCUUGUAGUCAUGCCUUUUAGCAAGAGACAGUUAGACCCUAAUUAGCCCCAAACACUUUGAGAGAUUGAUGCAAGACCACCUGCAGCACUGCUCUGUCCACUUUAUUCAUGCUUUGUUUGUCACCCCCCCGUCAUCACUUGGGGUCUCUGACUGUCAGUGCUCCUCAGUCUCUCACAUGGUUGUCUCUGUAGGGGAGGUUGGAUUGGUUGCUCCGUUUCCUGUCAAAACAAAUCGUGUCCAGAAGACUCAUGAAAUGUAUCAUUGUUUGCUAUUGAAUGCCUUUGGACAUCAUCGUCAUCAUCAUCAUCUCCUGUUUGAUUGGCAGAGUCUUAGUGACGUUGAACUGACUGCUGGAACAGCAAUACUUCCAUGCACACACACACUGACAUGCACGCACAUACAAGGGGUCAUCCGAAAAGUUUGGCCCUUCAAUCAUGAUUGCCCAAGUUUUAGAUUAGAGUCAUAUAUAUAUAUGAACAUAUAUUUUCAUGCUAUAUUUUAUAUUAAGCUAUAUGUUAGGGUUAUGUCUGCAAGAUAUUUAUGUCUAUUUGUUGGCCCAAGUGGGCUUCAGGCUAUGGGAUCUAUUCACCAAAUCUUCAUUCAGCUCUUAAGUCUUGACACCAAUGUACUUGUAGAUAUUUGAAGUCUUGUGAGUAUGGUUAUGCUGUGGUAUUACCCCCUUAUGUAGUUAUACUGUACAUAUUAACGAUCCUACUGGAAUCCAUAGGAAGCGAAGAGCGAGAACAGUUUGACGUAGGCUAUUACUCAACAGUGUGGUCUAAGUUGCACUAUUUUCUAACACCAGCUGGGUGACAUAGGAUCUACAUUAUGUACUGCACUCUCCCAAAGGUCUUAGUUCAAGUACAUUAGGUGCAGGAUGCAGGGUUUGAUUCGGGAUGGGGCAGUAGGAAAGGUCUGAAGCACACUUCGGCUUAGCACUACAGUCAUCUCAAAAAGGGCGAAAGGAGGGCCAAAAAAUGCACAUGGCCCAGUCCUUCCCCCGAGUUAGUAGACACUGCGUAGGGUGCCUCUAGUAUGAAUGUUUAAUGCUUCCGUCGGUUCAUGUCCAACACACUCUCUGCACCUUCAUGAUUCAGUACAUACUUUCCAACAUCAAACACAUGCCCUCAACUUUUCAGUUGGACCAAGCCUGCUGCAAGUACAAACUUUCAGUUUGCAGCCAGUGAAUUAAACACACACACACACACUUCUGAUAUUCAGCCAUUGGCAGUGCACUGUGGCCUGUACUGUUGCUGUCCCUGUGUUUCUUCACAGCUCUACACUUUGGGAGAUGGGUGACGGGAGAGUUAUCUUUUAACAGAAGACGUUCAAAACUGUAUAAAGUAGAGAAAACAAUGACUUAAAAAGGUCAAUCGUAAUGGAAACUCAUAAGCUGUACAUUUGUAAUAAAAUAG